UUUCACUGGAUACAGGAAGCAGGUGCCCGUUUUGCCGAAAUAAAAUCGAUUAUUGAAGCGUGAAAGAAAUCUUGAUGCUUGUUUGAUGAGUUUCACUUGAUCAGUGAGGGUGCCGUCAUCACGAUGGCGGACGAACAUAAAUCGGCAUCGGCAGAACAUAGCAGAACAUCGAUCAAUGUGACGAUACCAAAACAGCCAUCGCAGCCGCCGAGUGAAGAUCCCUCUCCGCGAAUAAACUAUGGUGAAGCCAGUGGAAGUGGUAGCACUAAAAGUCCAAUUCUUUCAGACAGAGACGUGAGUCGAAUAAUAGCAGCUCGGAUGAUCGAACGAUGCUGGAUGUCAUACAGAGAUAAACAGAUGUUCAAACUGCUGAAGCAUGCUGUUUGUGCAGCAGAACACUCACUCACUUACGAAAUCCUACGGAAAGUAGCGCCAAGAGAAGCAGAAUUCUUCAAGGACCCGAGCUGUAAGAUCAGAGUAAGAUUCAGGUUUGGUGGAUAUGAAUUCCCUCCGGAAAUCUAUUUCAAGAUCUACUCGCACACAGAUGGCAAGGGGAUAACAUAUAUUAGUGGAAAACGGGUUAUAAAGGCAGGGACAGAGGCUGCAAGGGAUGCGUGCGACCUCAUGGGCCAUCGGAAGUUCCUAGAUCAGGUCAUUCAAGAUACUAUACACCAUGAACAGUUCAAAGUGACGGACGAAAUAGACGUCACGACGAUGAAAGAUUAUAUGCAGUACUUGAGCCAUUUAGAUGAGACCCCAGCUGAAAUGGGUGGAAGGGAUAACACGUGGAGGAAAUUGACAUUAGGAGUCUUGCCAAGAACUACCAUAUUCUAUGAUUUAGUGGACUAUGCGUACAGCAAACGAUUAACACCUAGGUUGAAAAGAGAGAUUCCACAUUUGGCUGCUCGGCCGGUUACUCAGGAAGUACAACACGAACACAUCAGAAUCAUAUCUCGGUUAAGAUCUCCAAUACAAAUGGACGUGCCACUGCCGACUCCCAAAUCAAAAUCCGGGGGGAGUCGGUUGAGUCAGACUUCUAGUCGGAGAUCAAAACAAGCGAGGAUGAAAGCCAUGAAGAUGAGGAAGAUGUACGGUCUGGAGAAAGAUGAGAACACGCCAGCGCCACCGGGAACAAGGGAAGUGACGUUUCUCACUGACGCCGACGACAAAAUUGACGAGUAUGAUUUCGGUGGGAGUGAUGAGGAUUGGGAAGAGGAGGAAGCAAAAGAACUGUAUCAAUGGGCUCAGAAGUUACAAUAUGAUGAUGUCAUUGCGACACCCCGAUUACCUACGAGCAAUAAUUGAACGUCUAUCAAAAUAAAAGUGAGGAGAAACAAAUGAAGUGAAGUUCUUUGUUGGACUCGGUGUUGAAACUGGAUAUGGAAUAUUUUUAAGACACUGGGUGUGGGAUGGGAGGGGGAGGGGAGGUGUGAUUCAUUGGAUACCUCAUGAUGUGAUGUGACAUGCUACCGAUGCCGUCCAACGCGUUAUGCGUAACAAUAUCUGUAUAUAGAAAUGUAAAUAUGUGAAUAAGUAAAUUAUUCUUAAUA